AAGCUGUGUUAGUGAAGGAGGAAGAGGGGGGGGAGAUGACUGUCACAGUGAAAGGGGAGGAAGAAGCUGUGUUAGUGGAGGAGGAAGAGGAGGGAGAGAUGACUGUCACAGUGAAAGUGGAGGAAGAAGCUGUGUUAGAGGAAGAGGAGGGGGAGAUGACUGUCACAGUGAAAGGGGAGGAAGAAGCUGUGUUAGUGGAGGAGGAAGAGGAGGGGGAGAUGACUGUCACAUGGAAAGGGGAGGAAGAAGCUGUGUUGGUGAAGGAGGACGUUUUAAGAGUGAAAGAGGAGGAAGAAAAGGAAGAUAUGACUGUCACGGUGAAAGAGGGGGAGGAGGGUGAGGAGGAGAAGAAGGGUGAAGAAGAGGACACUGGAGAUCUGAUUAACACCAGAGAGAGGCCAGACUCUCGCUCUGACACUAGGAAGAGUCCUACAGGGGAAUCGGCCCCAGAGACGUCCAAACCAGCAAGACCCCACCACUGCUCCCAGUGUGGAAAGAGAUUUAUCCGGUUAGGGCACCUGAAACAACAUAAGAGAACACACACAGGGGAGAAGCCUUAUCACUGCUCCCAGUGUGGAAAGGGUUUUGGACACUUGGGGUAUCUAAAAGUGCAUGAAAGAACACAUUCUGUAGAGAGGCCUUUUCAAUGCUCACAGUGUGAGAAGAGAUUUUUCUCAUCAGGGGACCUGAAAUCACAUGAGAAAACACACUUAGUAGAGAGGCCUUUCCAAUGCUCUCGGUGUGGAAAGGGAUUUAUCCAGUCAUCGCAUCUGAAAGACCAUGAAAGAAUACACACAGGAGAGAAGCCAUUCCAAUGCUCCCAUUGUGGAAAGAGUUUUACCCAGAGAGGUAAGCUGACAAAUCAUGAACGAAGACAUACAGGAGAGAAGCCGUAUCACUGCUCUCAGUGUGGAAAGGGUUUUGGACAGUCAGGGCAUUUAAAAGUGCAUGAAAGAACACACACUGGAGAGAAGCCGUAUCAAUGCUCCCAGUGUGAAAAUAAAUUUUUGUCAUCAGGGUACCUGAAAUCACAUGAGAAAACACACUUAGUAGAGCGGCCUUUCCAAUGCUCUCAGUGUGGAAAGGGAUUUAUCCAGUCAUCGCAUCUGAAAGACCAUGAAAGAAUACACACAGGAGAGAAGCCAUUCCAAUGCUCCCAGUGUGGAAAGAGUUUUACCCAAAGGGGGAAGCUGAAAGAUCAUGAAAGAACACAUACAGGGGAGAAGCCUCAUCACUGCUCUCAGUGUGGAAAGAGUUUUGGACAGUCAGGGCAUUUAAAAGUGCAUGAAAGAACACACACUGGAGAGAAGCCAUAUCAAUGCUCCCAGUGUGAAAAUAAAUUUUUCUCAUCAGGGGACCUGAAAUCACAUGAGAGAACACACUUAGUAGAGAGGCCUUUCCAAUGCUCUCAGUGUGGAAAGGGAUAUAUUCACUCAUGGCAUCUGAAAGAGCAUAUGAGAAUACACACGAGAACAACCAUUCCAGUGCUCUCAGUGUGGAAAGGGGUUUAACUGGGUAGUGAGCCUGAAAACGCAUAAA